AAUUGCUGGAGAAAAGCUUUUCAGUAUCAGACCUAUUCGGAUCUCACAGUGCUACUGAACUACAAUGGCUGGAGGAGUGUUUUUUAUCUGACAUAUGUGACGCAGAGCAGAUAAAUCAUUUUAAGGAAAAUUCUGAUUCUGUUAAGUAAGAAACCUCUUGCUUAACAUCUUAUGUUGAAAUGCUUGUGACACAUUGGAGGAAAAAAUGUAUAUAACGACACCUACACAAUAAAAGACAAGAAAAGUAGCAGGAUAUAAAUUCAGCUCCUGAGAGAGACAGAGAGAGAGAACAACAGACCGUGUGAGUGGACCGUUGCCCAUCCAUUUAUUUUUGCUGCUGUGGUUCUGAGUCAGUCAGGAUGACGAAGUUUACAAAAAGGUUAUUUGUACUUAUACAAGGUGUGCUUGCUGUCUCGAGCUUCAACAUUGAUAAAGAAAAUCCCACCAUUUUCCGGGUUAAAAAUGACUCAUUUGGAUACAAGGUCAUCCAGUUCAGCUCAUCUCACAGCAAACGGGUACUUGUCAGUGCACCAAGAAUGGAGUCUACCCCUGGAACGGCAACAGGAGGAAUCUACAGUUGUGAUUACAAGAGUGAUACGUGUGCACCAGUCAAUGCUCAUGCACUAGUGACUCAGUCUGCCUUCUUGGGGCUCACCAUGAUCACAAUGGACUCACAACCAUCUCAAGCAGUGGUCUGUGGCCCUGUCUUUUCCCAUGAGUGUGAGACAAAUGUGUUCCUCAACGGAAUCUGCCACAUUUAUGACAGCGACCUCCACAUUACAAGAAACAUAACUCCAGCCUUCAAAGAAUGUCGGACAGGACUUGAUGUGGCCAUUCUGUAUGACGAUUCACAAAGCAUCUCCGACAAUGAUUUUGCUACAAUGAAGAGAUUUAUGCUGGAUAUAAUCGGAGCCUUUAAGGAUUCGAACGUCCUGUUUGCUGCCGCUCAUUUUUCUACUGAGUUCAACAUAGUUUUUGACUUUAACCAUUACAAUAAGGGUUUGGCAGAGAGUGAUCUGCGGGAUUUUCCACACACAAAGGGGAACACGAUAACUCCAACAGCAAUGAAGAAGGCUGCGGAAGAAAUCUUCAUAAAGGAUGCUGGUGCACGCAGUAAUGCAAACAAGCUUUUGAUCACCAUCACAGAUGGUGCCUCCACUGAUACAAAAACAACGUUUGAAGAAGCAAUUGAAGCUUGUAAUAGAAAAGACAUUAUCCGUUACGCUAUUGGGGUUGGCAGCGUACUUCAAAAUGAGUUACAAAAAAUAGCAUCUGAGCCAGCGAAUAUAUUUGAAGUGGGCAAUUUCAUUGCCCUUGACUCCCUAAAGCACCAACUAAAUAAGAAACUAAGGGAGAAUAUAUUCGUUAUUGAAGGUACCAAUAAGUCUUCUGAUUCAAGCAGCUUCCAGAAUGAAUUGUCUCAGGGAGGAUUCAGUGCACUCAUGACAAAAGACUCGAUCGUAUUCGGUGCUGUAGGUGCAUAUGAAUGGUCAGGAGGCCUGGAGGAAGUCCGCAAGAAUCAGACACAGUUCCUAAAUUUUUCCUUGGGAAACAUAGACAUGAAGGACUCUUAUCUUGGAUACUCAGUAGAAUUCAUAAAGCAGAAAGAGGAAGGGUUCUACAUUGCUGGAGCACCACGUUAUAAACAUAUGGGACGGGUCGUUGUAUUUCAGAAGAGCCUUACAAAUGGCUCAUGGUAUCCUGCUAAACACAUUGAUGGAGACCAGGUUGGAUCAUACUUUGGUGCAGAGCUGUGUGCUGUUGAUCUAACAAAAGAUGAUGUUGUUGACCUGUUGUUGAUUGGAGCACCAAUGUACCAUGAGGACACAGCUGGUGGUAUUGUGAAAGUCUGCACAGUCACAUUUGGGCUGAAGACUGAACUUUCUUGCAAUGCAACUUUAUAUGGAGCCACACGAAACCUCUAUGGUAGGUUUGGCACAGCGAUUUCAGCCAUUGGAGACAUAAAUGGAGACAGAUUUACAGAUGUCGCUAUUGGUGCUCCUUUAGAGAAUGACCACCAAGGUUCCAUUUAUAUAUUCCAUGGGGACCAGACCAUGAUACGAGAGCCAUACAGCCAGCGAAUCACUGGUGUGCAGCUAUCACAGGGGCUGAAAUACUUUGGCCAGUCGAUCCAUGGCAUUAUGGAUGUUAGUGAGGAUGGACUGACAGACAUUGCUGUUGGAGCCUUGAAUGCAGCAGUUCUCCUCAGGUCCAGACCAGUCCUGAAUGUAUCUGCAACAAUUAACUUCAACCCAUCAAAGAUUCCACUGACAAGCUUUGAGUGUUCAGAAGACUUCCGCCUUGAAACAAACCUGGCCAGUAAUAUUACAGUUUGCUUUGAAGUUCGCAAUCUACACGAUAGCAGACUUGGAACGCCACAUGCUAACCUCACAUUGCAAAUGAUCCUGGAUUCUCAGAAAUCCCAGAGUCGACUUUUGUUUGAGAAUCUUAGAAGAACUAUCAGUGAAAGCAUUGAAAUUAACCUCAAAGAGAGAUGCAUGCAUUACAUUGCCACGCUGCCCUCUUGUGUUGAUGAUUUCUCAUCUCCGGUUCGCAUAACCCUGAACUUCUCACUGUUUGGACUUCCAUUUGCAGACUCUAGAGGACUAAGGCCUGUCUUAAACCAGUACUCCAAUACAACUCUGACUGCUGAGCUACCUUUUGAGAAGAACUGUGGCCCUGAUAAUGUCUGUGUAGCUGACAUGAAGGUGUCUUUCAAUUUCUCUGGGGAGUCACACUUUGUGGUUAGCGAUCUCACCAAGGUGAACGUGACUGUUAAUGUAGAAAAUAGAGGAGAAGAUGCCUUUAAUACGUUGCUCACAUUCUACUAUCCACCAGGGCUGUCGUACCAUAAGGUUUCACUGUUGCAGUUCACAAAGCAAAGACCCAGUAUCACACUUGCUGAUGCCAAUACUCUGGGCUUCCAAACUUCCAGAAACAUCACCUUCAGAUUUACCAAUACCAUCUUCAAGGCAAAUGCAACCGCAAUAUUUGCUGUGACAUUUGAUUUUUCUGGGGACUGGCCACAAAAUGAGACUUUCAAAAUGACUGCUGGUGUAGCCAGUGAUAAUGAAAAUGAUACGUUGGAAGAUAAUAUGCACACCCAGGAACUACCUGUGCUCUAUGCCAUUAAUGUCAUGAUAGAAGGGGCUGAAUUUACUCAGUACAUCCAUUUCUUCACAACAAAAACGAAUGAAAGGAAGAUAGCUGAACAUUCCUAUAAGGUGACAAACAUCGGCACCAGGACCGUGCCCCUUACUGUAACAUUAUUUGCACCAGUGCAAUUAGAACAUGGAUUCAUCUGGAAUGUUUCUGACAUGGUUAACCACACAUCUGAUAGCUCUGUGUGCAAACUGCUUACAGAAGGAAGAGUGACUAAUGCUCCAGGCAAGAGACAAAGCCGUAGCACAAAGGGCUGCACUGCAUCAUUAUGUAAAAAGUUUCAGUGUGAAACUGGUCCACUACCUUGGAAUUCUGCAGUUACAUUCAGCCUUACUGGGGAACUGCUGCCUGUGAAAGACUUGAAGGAACUAAAACUCAAACAACUGACGUUCGAGACGCAGGCUUCUCUUGCAUUUACCGCUCAGUAUACUCAAAGGCCAAAAGAUGCAUUUCACCGUGCAGAGAUUACGACAUCGGUGGAAUUUGUGGAGGAGAUUAACAAACUGCCAAUAAUCCUUGGGAGCUUGUUUGGGGGGCUGAUCCUUCUGCUGAUUAUCACUGUUGUACUUUACAAGAUUGGAUUUUUCAAACGCAAGUAUUCAAGACGAAAUGCUGAGAGCUCACAGCAGACAGCACCAGACAAAGAAGCCACACAAAAAUUGGAUGCAGCAAAUUCUGCAGGAAAUGAACCUGAGAAGUUGUCAGAACAGAACACAGUAAGUGGUGAAGAAAAAAAGAAUGGAGUUAUGGCAGAGCAAAACACAGCAAGCAGUGAAGGAACAGAGACCGGAGCUGGGUCAGAAGAGAGUGUUGCACCUAAUGGGAAAACGGAAACUGGAGUGGGGUCACAGUAGAUUAUUGCAAGCGGAAGAAUGCAACUGGGUCAGACCAGAGUGCUACAAAUACUGGAGGAAUAUAACUAAAAAAAUACUGUAGAAUAAAGCAGGAUAGAAGCAUAAACACAUUGUGAACAACUGGCAAAAUCAGACUGAAAUUAAAAGGAAAACCGCUAUCACCUCAAGGAGAAGAAAGUAUACUGUAGUCGAUGCAAACAGGAUACUUCAUGGAAAACAGUAUUCUUUUUCUUGGAUGAAGGACAUUAUGAGGGUUGUUUAUUUUGCUUAAAAAUCAGAUCUCUGUUUAAACAGCAAACCUACAAAUUUUGUGUUCUGUGGUUAUAUGAAGUGGAGUUCAAGUCUAUACAAACCUAAAUGAAGAAAAAAAAAUACUCUACCAAGUUCAACAAUUCUGAACAUGUAAAGUUUUCUCAAAAUUCAGAACUGUUAGAAUCGAAUAAAAAAUGAUCCCCACAGUCUCUCCUGUGGAGGCCAUGGUUUUAAUAUA